AUGGCUUCGUCGCCGGUAGUGCGCACAGACAACCAAGCCAGCAGCGAAGAGAAGACAGAGCAUAAAUUGUUGGCGGAAGGGUAUGGGAAGGCUAAAUACCCGAUUGCUUCACAUGCCACUAUUGCAAUCAUCGCAAUGGAUAAAUUUUUGAGUAAACCUGUUCCUCUAGACAUGACCCGCAUUACCAAGAUGAGCAGAGAGAUCUUUGUGAGUGCAACAGCGAGUCCAAAUAAACAUUCUAACACCAUGUUCAACUUAAGUCCAAACUCAGCAUAA